AAACAAUAGUAGCUCUAAAGAAAAAAGGAUUCCUAAAAAAUCAGUCACUCCUCUUAAUCUUCUCCUAUCUCUCAUUUUCGUGGGUUUUGUUUUUGUUAUCUUCUUCGUUUGGAUAUUAUUACAUUUGGGACUCAAGAAGAAAUCGAAUCUAUCGUGUGUGUAGAUUGCUUCUCUCUAUCUCUUCUCUCGCUACACAACAAUGGCUGCUUACACGUGUACUUCCCGUCCGCCGAUUUCUAUCCGGUCAGAGAUGAGAAUCGCUUCCUCGCCGACGGGUUCCUUCUCUACUCGACAGAUGUUCUCUGUGUUGCCGGAAUCGAGCGGAUUGAGGACUCGCGUUUCUCUAUCUUCACUCUCGAAGAAUUCUAGGGUUUCCCGAUUACGACGAGGCGUUAUCUGUGAAGCUCAGGACACUGCUACAGGAAUUCCAGUGGUCAACGAUUCAACAUGGGACUCUCUAGUUCUCAAGGCUGAUGAGCCUGUGUUUGUCGACUUUUGGGCACCAUGGUGUGGACCCUGCAAAAUGAUUGAUCCCAUUGUCAACGAACUCGCGCAAAAGUACGCCGGCCAGUUCAAGUUCUACAAACUUAACACUGAUGAGUCUCCUGCAACCCCUGGCCAGUAUGGUGUUAGAAGCAUCCCAACUAUCAUGAUCUUUGUCAAUGGUGAGAAGAAGGAUACAAUCAUCGGUGCUGUCUCUAAAGACACUUUAGCAACCAGCAUCAACAAAUUCUUGUAAUGAACUACUAGUCACUGUUCUCUUUUCUCUGUAUCUCUCGACUCUCUACCUUUUACCUAUCUACUCAUCACUGUUCAUCUAGACUUGUAUGAUAAUAUGAUGUCUCAGGUUUUCAGAAUUUGAAGUCUACGAAAACAUUUUAUUAUUGUUACCAAUUUACACGGUUAGAACUUUGAAGAGGCCUGGUCGUAGGGGCUAAAAUUCUAAUCUCUAACUAA